UAAUUCGUUGUGCUCAUUAUUUCGAAGCAAUCGUUUCCAAAAAUCCAAAGCGUUUUGCAAUGGUGCCGUGUGCCUUGUUUCUGAUUGUUAAUCGUCGUUAUCGCGUUGUGAAUCGUCAAUCUCGCUUCUUUAAACGAUUUUCCUAACCUGAACUAGUAUACGUUUAUAACCUAAUUAGUAUCUAUAACAUAUUGUUGUGUAGUUCUUUUGUGAAACGAAAUCGGUUGUUUAUCGUGUCCAUUUAUAUAUCAGUAAUGUAAUGCAACAAGUCAUGUGUACUUAAUAUUAUUAAAAUUUACUUGUUUAAACAUUUUCUACAAUUUCAUUAUUAGAAAAACAAAUAAACAAGAUUCUUAUAGAUACAUAUGUGAAAGUAAUAAAGGAUAAUUGGAAUAAAUUGUGCAUACAAAAAUAGCUUAGUAAAAGCUGUUUUCCAAACAAAAAUAAAAGAAAAAAAGCAUCAUAGAUCAUAUAAAAUUUAAGCAUUGCUGCGGUUCAGAAGGGCUCUAUGUGCUCCACGUCAGCUUUAGCAAAUGGUACUUUAGUUUUCAAGAAUAUUGUAUCAGAACAUCAAAGGAGAAUUUCAUCUGCAAAUUAUAAACUUGAUACACGACAGAAACAACAUGCGCAACGAAAUUACUGCAGCAGUACUAUUCUUAGUACAGCUGAUAGAAAAAAACGAAAAAUUUAGUCCUGAUCAAUUGGAAUGUUUUAAACGACGUUUGGUGGAAUUGUUGACGGAACGUUUCAAAAAUCAUUGGUUUCCUGACAAGCCAUUCAAAGGUCAAGGUUAUCGUUGUAUUCGUGUAAAUGGUCAUAAUCGGAGGGAUGCAACUUUAGAGAGUGCUGCAAAUGCUGCUGGAGUGAAGUAUGAAGAUCUAUCAUUACCAGUGGAAUUAACACUUUGGGUUGAUCCUAAUGAAGUGUGUUGCCGAUUUGGAGAGAGCAAAGGAUCAUAUUGUACAUUAGCAUCAUUUGAUGAUAAAGAAAAUACUGUACCAAUUUUUCAAGGAAAUCAUGAAGGAUUAGAAAAGGAAAAUAAACAAUCCGAGGGGCCGACUAAGAAAUCCCCUUUGAUUAUUAAUUCAGAUCAGCAACAAAAAUCAAAACCACUAAGCUCUGCUAAUCAGAAUCAACAGCAUAGCAAUAACGGUACAGGUAGGAAACGCAAUCUAAACAGCCCAAGGUUGCACGUAAAUAGAAAUCGUUCAUGGUUUGGCCACUCCUUCAUGGGCUAUGGUCCUCAUCCAAUAAGUCAACCAUGGUAUAACAUUAUGCCUCCUCACUUCUUGGGUGGUCCAUCUCCACCUCCUUUCAUGGGUCACAGAGGAAACAAGUGGAUUCAUCCACCAUCCUACCCAACAGGACCUGCCCGGUUCCAUCACUGGUCUCCCAAAGCUGCUCUUAAAGUAUAAAAAAAUCCCUCCUUAUGAAAGUAGUUAAAAAAUCUGUUCCUUUCUAUAAAAAAAAUUACAUUUUUUAUUAAUUAAAAAAUUUUAUGUUUUGAUGUAAAAGUACAUGACAUAAUAAUAUUAACAAUGUAUUUCUAUAUUAUUAAGACUAUUAUUUACAUUUAAAUAUUAAUGUCUUUAUAUUAGGAACAGGUUUAUUAACAUUUCUGACGAAAAUUCUCCAUUCUGUAAUUACAAAUGACCUUGUUCGAGUUACGACUAAGGCUUACGAUUUUUUAUGAUGAGAAAUGUUGCAUUAUUACAUGUUAUAUAUAAAUAAUUAAUUGGAUGAUAGAUGUUUAAUUCCGGAUGCAAGGUUGCUUGUAAAAUAUUAGAUUAGUCAGAAUUUGAUUAGAAUGAAUUAAGUCAUUGAUGUGUAAGACAUAAGAAAAGGUGAAUGUCAUAUCACUUGUGACACUUUUCCGAUUAAUUCUCAAAAGGAUUUAAUAGGAAAUAGAUCGUAGAUGUUUCAAGAGGGAGCAGUAUUGAUUUGAUGCGGGUUACCGAAAUUGGAUGCAAUUCCUCUUUAAAUUGUAUGUAAUAAAUUUUAAUGCCUCAUACAGGCGAUCUCAGUUCAUUAAAUAAUAUUUCAUAUAUGAAAUUCUGUCAUGUAGUAGAGAGAAAGAGUUUUAAAGAAAACUCUUCUUUAAUGUGUAUAUAUGUAGUUUAUUCACAAUGACUGGAGCUUCAAAGUUCGCUUCAUUUUUCAGUAUUGUUAUAGCGCCGAAAAGUAGAUAAUUUAGAGGUAUAAUCUACCAACUUAUUAAGAUAGUGAUAUUCUAUAACAAUAUUGACAAACCAUGUAAGCUUUGAAAUUCUAGUAACACUGAUUUGAGAAUAAUCUUUGACAAGUUUGAAUCAAUAUUAUCUUUUAUUGUAUAUUACUAUAUUGCGUUAAUGAAUAGAAGAACGAUGUCUUUUUUUGAAUUUGCAGGUUCGUAUUGCAAAGAAAUUUAGAAUAUUUUUGCUUUAAAAAGCACACUAUACCUCUUGUGUAAACAUACUGCCUCCAGUAGAGAUUCUACUAAUAAUAAUUUAUGUUAAAAGAUUAUUAACAAAUGCAUGAAUUUCAUAAUUAACGUACAGUUACAAAAAUGAAUGUUUAUUUUAAUCAUGCUCAACUUAAAAAUAUAUUGAGCUUACGGUUUUUAAAUAACACUACUAAAACGUAGUAUUUAAGAACAUACAUCAUUGAUGUUGGUAGAUCUAUAGCUUAUUGCAGUUGAAACUUUAAUUCUAUUGUACUAAUGCAAACGUUGUGUACAUUCAAUCUUGUAUAUUAUAGACAAUUGAUAACAUCAUAGUAAUUUAUGCUCUUGCUUUGUUAACAAUAUAAAUACAUAUUUAACUUUUAUUUGGGAAUUAUGAAUCUAUAUAUGAAGGACUCAAAAACCAAGUCAAAUAAAUUAGCUUUUUAAUUGUCACUUCAUACAAUAUUUUGAGUAUUACAAUACUUAUUUUCUUUAGUACUUUUGCAUAUUGCUGUUUACCUACGAUUGUUUUAUUCAGAUAUCUUUGUGUAAAUAUAUAUAUCACUAUUUAUAGACGUUUAACAGAAUAAUAUUCUUUAAUUUUUAUAUUUAAUAUAAACCAUUGUUUAGUUUUUGACUCUUUCACACGCACGCAAACAUUUUAAUAUCAUACAUGCCUAAAAUGUGCAAUUUUGUUCAGUUUAUGUUGUAACAUAGAAUUAUUCAUAAAGGUAAUUUUCAUUUCAUUUACGCAAUUUUAAUGUGAGAAUUACUUUUAAGAAUGAAUUAACAAUGUAUGUAAAAUGCAGUAUGCAACUUAUUUUAUUAAUACAUUAUUGAUUUAUAUGAUUGAAUCAUUUUAACAACUUUCCACAAAUGUUUUAAAACACUAAAAUUGGUAAUGAAAUGAAAAAUUUGAAUAGUAUAGGUGUUAUCAUCUGUUACAUAAUAUAAAUCUAGCUGAUGAAACAAAUUGAAAUAUUGUUGCUAGAUAUACUUGCUAGUGUCCUUAGAUAAAUUUCUAAAGAUAUAACCAGAUACAACAUAAAUGUUAUUGAACAGACUGUAUUAGAAAAAAAUUUUAAUCAAAUAUGUAGUAUAAAUUUUGCAACUUUCAUGUUCCACAUUUAACAUUGUUUAAUAUAUGCAUGAAACUUGCUGUACUGUAGGUGAUUUUUGUGUUCAAUUUAUUAAAAUUUAUUCAGGAAGAGACAUUUUGUUGUUAUGAAAAGUAUAAAAAUUUUAUAUAGAUAUAAUGUAUAUGUAGAGUUAAGCAAUGUUGCAUUCGGAUAUAUUCUUUUAUUAAUAUAAUAUAUAUGAUGCUCAACAUUUGAAAUGUUCCAAACUUUUUAAUUGUGUUCAUAUAUAAAAAAGAAAAAAAAAACCACUUUAAACACACUUUAUGCUUCAUACAGCAACAUCUUCAAGUAAUAGAAAAUAUUCAGAAAUACUUUUUUUAUAAGAAAUCUAUAUUCAGAUAAUAUGUGAUAAAAAUAUGUAGUAUUAAUGUAAAUUUUCAUUCUUAACAAAAAGAAAAAAUUACAUACAUUUUAGGCAAAAAAAAAAUCCCUUUUAUAUAAAAAAUUCUUUUAUAUCUGUACCUUCUUAAGUACAUGAUAGUUAGACAUUAACAUUUUCAAGUGAAUAUAGUCUUUUGGCAUAAAGAUCGAAUCGUUCUCGAGAAACAUGAAAAAAUUUUACACAGUAAUAAAAAUUCGUUUUUUUUUUAUAUUCAAUAUACAGAAAAAAAUUUUACAUUACAUUAUUACAAUAUUACAUUAUUGUGCAUUCUCUUAUCGUGUAAGACUGUACUUUACAAUCGUGUAAAAAUAAUGUAUUCAGAAAGAAAAACAAAUAUGGUAUUAGGCUUUAACGUUUGGAUCAUUUCGAUUGUAGAGUAAAGCACUAUAUAAACAUAUGCAUAUAUUCUAUCACUGCUGUGUCAUAUGUUAUAAAACUACUUCUUGCAUAAUUAUGCAAUGAUAACUAUAAUCCUGUUCUAGAAUCAUACUGAUCUUCGCAUUUUUUCAUAAUUUUAAAUAUAUAUCUCUGUUCAAUACUUUGUUUCGUGUUAUUCAAUAAAAAUUAUAUUACACAUUCAA